AAUCACACAAGUUCCAACAGUUCAGCGGUGGGAGGCUACCAGCGCUUGAAAGGAUCGUUCGCCUCCAAUGCACCAAAGCAAACAAACACUCUUGCCCUCGGAAGUUGCAUAUUUCCAUAAACUGCAUAUGGAUAAAAAGCGUCCUUGAGUGCCGUCAGUGUUGUUUGUGAUUCAGCUCGAUAUGUCUGAAAAUCAGCCUCUUUGCGCUCUGGUUUUCUUAACUUCACUCUUCUGCUCGACAUGCUCACAGGGGACACGGUUCGUUCAUUCAGCUGCCCUAGAUGCGGAUGGGAGAUACAACAUUAAGUGGGGAUUUGACGAGUCCACGAUAACUUUUGAAGUAGAAGUGGAAACGAGAGGAUAUAUAGGAUUCGGUUUGUCACCGACCGGUGCGAUGUCUUCGUCUGAUAUCGUGAUAGGUGGUGUGCUGCUCAACGGAAGUUCCUAUCUGCUGGACUACUUUACAGACUCGAACAGAAAGGUCCACAAAGAUCCACAGCAGAGCUACCAGCUUCUGUACGGCAGAGAGAAUGGCACACAUACUGUCCUGGCUUUCAGCAGAAACCUUCAGACCUGUGAUGACAAUGACAAAGUCAUUACGGGCAGUACAGUGAGAGUGAUCUGGGCGUUCCAUGAGGAGGACGUUGGAGUGUCAGGACCAGUCUACCAUGGGAUGAACAGAGGCAGAAAGAGUCUGCGAUUACUCAACCCUGGAAGCAGCUCCAGCAUCCCAGCAGGAACAGCUUUCUUUGACCUUCAGAACGAGGAGGUUCCUGUGCCUCAUAAGGAUACAACAUACUGGUGUCAGAUCUAUAGAUUUCCAAAGCUGAAGAAGAAACAUCAUGUAAUCAGAAUAGAGCCAUUGAUUCAGAAAGGUCAUGAGAAUCUGGUUCAUCACAUUCUGCUCUACCAGUGCGACAGCAAUCUGAACAAGAGUGAGAUCAACAGAGGACAUGAAUGCUACCAUCCAAAUAUGCCAGACUCCUUCUUCACCUGCGAAACCGUCCUGUUUGCCUGGGCUAUUGGGGGAGAGGGCUUCACCUAUCCUCCACAUGUUGGAAUGUCUAUAGGAACCUCAAUAGACCCAGUCUAUGUACAGAUGGAGAUUCACUUUGAUAACCCAUCUUUACAAAGAGGGACAGUGGACAGUUCAGGCCUGCGUUUGUACUAUAGCCCCAGCCUGAGGCGCUAUGAUGCCGGGGUCAUAGAGACAGGAGUGUGGGUCAGUCUCUACCACAUGCUGCCCCCAGGCAUGCAGGAUUAUAUUACAGAAGGACACUGCACACAGGAGUGUCUCCAGGAGUCAUUAGACAGUGAGAUGCCCAGUGGAGUUCAUGUGUUUGCAGUUCUGCUCCAUGCUCACCUGGCAGGACGGGCUAUCAGAACCAGACACUUCCGCCAGCAGGUCGAGCUCCAGUCACUUGCCUCAGAUGAUCAGUUUGAUUUCAACUUCCAGGAGUUCCAGCCACUCAGCCAGGAGAGGAUCAUCCUGCCUGGAGAUUCUUUAAUCACUGAGUGUAGAUACAACACUAAAGGCAGAAUGAACAUGACCUGGGGAGGUCUUAGUACACGCGAUGAGAUGUGUUUGUCGUAUCUGCUGUACUACCCCAGGGUUAACCUAGCCAGGUGUGAGAGUUUACCAGAAAUCACCGGCCAGCUCAAAUUCAUUGGGGUUAAAGAGAUUCAGGAGCCUGUUACAACUUGGCCAUUUGUGAUUAAGAGUCCUAAGAAAUACAGCAACCUCUCCUUCACGGAGGCCAUGGACAAAUAUAAGUGGACAAGGAAGAGAGGGAAAGCGUUCAACAACAUUGUACGGAAACUUCCCAUGAAUGUCCGCUGCUCCAAGAUCGGCCAGGAUGAGUGGUCGAUUCAAGGGAUGAUCGUCUCUCCUCCGGAGCUAAAGUUAGAGCAGACGUCUGCUGCUGUCGUGACCUGUAGGAAUAUCUCAGAAAUUCACUGUGAAAGUUCCCUCGCUCUGCUGCUCACUGCUUGUCUCUUGCUAUUACUGCAGACCUGCUUUCACCUCUAAUGUCUGCUGUCAUCUCAACCCAUGUACUCAUAAACACACAUACCUACAGCAGGUUCCAUUGGGUGUUUUCCAGCAACAGUGGAGCUCAAGAUUUACACCUUGCAGACAGUAUUGAGUAAUUGCACUGUGUGACACAUUCUUAAUUAACCUAAAUCAAGUUUAUCACUAACACUGGUCACUAUACUGUGCUGUAUUCAUGUAGGCAUCAUUCAUCCUUCUCGUGGAAUCGACUUUGGUUAGUACACUGCGGUUUUGAAAGCCUUUCUAACAAACACCUUGCAUAUACAGUACAUUUUCAAAAUGUCACCACAUCCUGUGUCUUGUGAGUUAAAGGGAAAGUUCACCCAAAAACGAAAAUGUUAUUUACUCACUCUCAUGUCGUUCCAACUCUGUAUGACUAACACUCUACUGCGGAACACAAAAAUAAACGAUCUUUUGUUUUAGUUUUGUUGGUCCAUAAAAUGAAAGCCAGUGAGGUCUAAUAUUGUUUUGGACCCCAUUGACUUUCAUUGUAUGCAAUGAAAGCAGUCAAAAGUAGAACUCCUCAGAAGUGGUGUAUAUUUUGUAAUACAUUUAUCCCAUUCACACUGGUAGUUUUAUUAAAAGUGAAAGCUGCCUUAAAAAUAACACAUGCAAAAGCGUUCAGUCCAGAGCUCUGCGAAAUGUGUUCCUCUCAUUAUAAGCUAAAGGUGUGUUUCAUAAAUCCUGGCAUUAUAUUCAAAACCAUUGCAUUUUAUAUGCUGUCUGUCUUUUAAGCAAUAAAUGUUUAUUUCUUGUAAA